UUGGUCUCCAUAGGAACCCUCUGCAGCGCACCUCGUCCGUCUCCAGCAGCGGACGCCGUGUGUGGGACAGCGGGGGAGAAGUUAGGCGGCGCGGUGCUGCCUUUAGGACCCGGCGGCCUCCUCCGUACUUCCUGCCUGGCUCGUUCACUCACACGCUCGCUCAGCCUAAGAGCACCGGAGCCGCGGCCUCGUCCUACUCAGGCCAGGCCGGGGAACACCAUGUGAGAACAGGCCCGCUCCGAGCCUCUCCUCUGCCCUCAGCUCCGGCCCAGACAUGGAGACAAACAAUCAUUUUGCCAGUACUGGCCAGCCUCCAUUAUCUAGCGCCUCAGGACUCAAACAGCUGCCUCAGAUAGUAGAACCAGUUUACACAAAUAAUGCCCUUGUAAUAUUUCCUCAAGUUAAAGGUUUGAAUUGUGAUAUGCCUGUGAAUGGCCUGAUUUCACCUUCCAUACCCAGUCAUCCUCAUGGGACAUUUGCUUUGGGUGCCAGUAGUACAAAUCAUCCCACAGCUACUAACUUUGACUACCUCUGGAAAUUUCCCAAGUCUCCUGUUCUGAAAGACUGUCAUGGACCUGCUCUGCCUAAGGUGAAUGGAUCAGCAUCGCCAGUAUCAAAUGGUCCUUUCUAUAAAGGAAACUCACAGGAGACCUGGGAGAGCUCUACUUCCAGCCACCAGGCAUCUCUUAUUUUCAGUGGUCAAGACUUGUGCAAUUUUAGUAAUAUUAAUGUAAAAGUGUCAGCUGCAGCAAAUGGAACACAUUGCUAUCCUACAAAAUCCCAACCAGCCCCCUUGCCAAUAUUUGCUAUGCAGUCGCAGUCUCCUUCUCCACCUCCUCAGUGCCAGGAUGAACAGCAAGAAAUGGAAACAUCUGAAACUAUGGGGCAUAAAGAAGGACUGGAAGAUGUGUUGGGACUUGCUGAUGUUCAGUCUGAUGAAACAUCCUCUGAUCACAGCCUGUUUGACUUGGCAGUGGAACCAGACCCGGUUAGCCUGAGUGUGCCCUCACCUUCUCCUUCUAAUGUCAGCAGUGUAAAUGAUUCUGGUCAACUUCCAUCCAAGCUUCUUGAUUCCCAAGACCUCAACCCUGUUACUUCUGAGACCUUUGAAAACGAACUUGGUGAAGAGUUACCCAUGGAACUGGCUUCUAGUCCAUUGUGUGAUUUCAAGGAACAGGAAGCGAAGAUGGAACAAAUUAACCAGAACCCAAAGUCAGAAACUCUGGAUUUGGAAUGCCCAUCAUAUUCAGAUACUGCCAAUAAAUCACCAAUGACUGAUGAAGACCAGAGCCCUAACUCGGUCCAUGCAGCAUCUACUCCAUCUGAACUAGGAGAAAGCGUAACUGAAGAUUUGUUGGAAAUGGAGAGCCCAAAGACAAAGAGAAACAAAAAUAAAAAACCUGAGUCUAUACUGGAAAGUGUUAAAAGGUGUAGAAAAAAAGCAACCCCAGAGCCCAGUGUAGCGGAGCCUGCAGAAGAAGAAGAAGAAGAAGAACUACUGGAGCCUGCAGAAGAAGAAGAACUGGAGCCUGGAGAAGUGAAAGGAAGACAUCGUAGGAGGGUUGCCACACCAGAAGAAGUGAGUUAUCCUCUGCUACAUGGAUGGAAGCGUGAAGUUCGGAUAAGGAAAGGUAGCCAUCGCUGGCAGGGGGAGACCUGGUAUUAUGCUCCUUGUGGUAAAAGAAUGAAACAGUUUCCUGAAGUCAUUAAGUAUCUCUCUAAGAAAGCUGGCCCCUACGUCCGAAGAGAGCACUUUAGUUUCAGUCCCCGGAUGCCUGUUGGAGACUUCUAUGAAGAGCGACACACUCAAGAAGGCCUGCAGUGGAUUUUACUAAAGUCUGAAGAAAUCCCCUCUCGUAUUUUGGCAAUCACAGGGAAGAGGGGGCGCCCUCGUAAUUUAGAAAAAGCUAAAGCCAAGGAGAAUAAAGUCAAGAGAGGUAGAGGACGACCUCCAAAAGUAAAAAUGAUAGAUUUGCUUAACAAGGCUGAUGCCAAACUUUUAAGGAAGUUGGAAAAUCAAGAUAUAGUUAGUGAUGUAGAAAAAGUGCAGCUAAGCAAACUAAGAAAGAAGAUGAGAAGAAAGGCCAGAAAUCAGGAAGCUAAACAAGAGGCCGCAAAGAAACUUAGAUUAAGGGAAAAGAAGGAGAAAGAAAAGGAAGAGCGAGAAAAAGAGAGAAUAAAGGAAGCUGAGCAAAUUGCGGAGAGGAAAGCCAAAGAGGCAGAGCAGUUUGCUGAGAAGAGGAGAGUAAGUAGAAGACAAAGGGAAAAAAAUUCUCCUGUUGUCCAUAAACCGAACAAGCCUGACAGGAAGCAGCUUGCCCUACAACGCCGCCUAGAAGAACGCAAGCGCCAGCAGUUUAUGUUGGAGGAAUUGAAGAAACCAACAGAAGAUAUGUGUUUAACUGAUCAUCAGCCUUUGCCAGAUUUUCCUUGUGUCCCAGGAUUGGUUUUGCCCAGCUGUGCCUUCUCGGAUUGCAUAAUGACCUUGGAGUUUCUGUAUGCAUAUGGAAAAGUAUUUGGAUUAAAUGAAGCAAAGGAUAUACCAAGCCUGUAUACGCUGCAGGAGGGACUUUUUAAUGUGGGAGACAGCCAGGGCGUGUUGCAGGAUCUUCUAGUAAAAUUAUUGCGGACAGCUUUAUUCGAUCCUGGACUUCCAUCAUUCUGUCAGUACCUAAAAAUUUUAGGAGAGAAAAUUUCUGAAAUCAAUCUGACAAGGGAAAACGUUUCUGAAGUUCUGCGGAUCUUUCUUGAGGCAUAUGGUGGUGACAUUGAGCUGUGUGAAAGUCUUCGCGCACAUCCAUUUCAGGCCCAUCAUCCGCACAUCAAAGCUGCAGUGCUUGCUUUUAUUAUGAAUGAGCUCAAUGGGAGCACCCGCAUUAUCAGUGAAAUCGAUAAAACUCUGGACAACAUGUCAAACUACAGAAAAAAUAAGUGGAUAAUCGAGGGUAAACUGCGCAGAUUGAAGUUUGCAUUAGGAAAAAAGACUGGCACGCAGGAAAAACAAGUUGUCAGCACAGAGGAGAGUCGGCGGAGGCGUAGUACUUGCACUGCUGAAGAGAAUGAAAACUUAACAGAAAACACGUCUGGGUUGUUGAAUACUUCUGCAGAUGAAGGGGAGGAAGUUUCUUCAAAUGCAAGUAGUUUGGAUCUUGAAAGGCAAAUGGAGAAACUUACUAAGCGCCAAAUGUUUCUGCGAAAGAAAAUUAUUGGUUGCUCUCAGAGGCUUCGAUGUACAACCCUGGGGCAGGAUCGGUACCGCAGGGUCUAUUGGAUGCUGCCACACAUGGGUGGCAUCUUUGUGGAAGGUUACUCAGAAAGCCCUGGUCAAACACUGGAUCCUCCACAGACUGAGUUACCAGAAGUGGCUUUUUUGAAGAGUGAGGUAGUCGAAGAAACGGAAGAUAAAUGUUACUUUACUUUUAGUCGCUCCCGUGGUCGUCCUAGGAAACAAAGAGCGGAUUCAGAACAUUGUAAAUUCUGUCAAUGCACUGGAUCUCAGGAAGUCCCCAUAAAUGGCCUUUUACAUUCAAGCACCCUUAUUUCUGAGCAGCCACAAGACAUGGGCCAGGUAACUGUACUUUCAUGGCUGAGCCAGUGUCAAAAUGCAAUCAUGAACAGUACUGUACUGACACCUGAGAACAGUCCUCCUCGAAGUAACCCACCAUCUGCUUUUGAUAUUGGACCGUGUCCUGGAGCCACAGACACAGAUGAGAAAGAGAACAAGUUGUAUAAUUUGCUUCCUAGGACUCAUUGCACUGAUUCUUCUCAGAAAAACAAUUCUCAAGCAAACCACCUACUUCCCCCACCCUCCCAUGCUGCAGCUACACCGCCAGGGCAGGCCAGUGAACUGACAGAAGAACAGCCUGCUGGUGUUGGCACUUCUCUGCCAUCUGUUUCUGCACUUUGUCAUUUAUGUAACAAGCCUUUAAGAAAUGGUGUGGCAAGUUUACACAGCUCAGCACAAGAGAGAUGUGGAGGAAGGCCAUCCAGAAAGCUCUUCUCAGUCAUAGAGCAGAAGUACUACAAUCAGCUCAUACAAAGGCCCAUUCCAGAGGACAAGCAACAGACAUGGUGGUGGAUAAAAGACCCAGCUAUGCUAGAGGCCUUAAUAAAAGCUCUCCACCCACGUGGCAUGCGGGAAAAGUCUUUGCACAAGUACCUCACAAAGCAUCUUGGGCACCUCAAGGAGAUGUGUGCCCGGGUAGCUUCUGAUCCCAUCUUUGAGUUCAAACCUGCAGAAGGUCACCCUGUAAGUCAGGAAACAUUAGACAAAUGGUCCGUAGAACAGAGGUCAUUCCAGGUGGAUCUAUCUGCCCUCCAGUGGGUAGAAGAUUUGGAGCGAAGAGUCCUAGCAUCAGAUCUUCAGCUAAGGGGCUGGUCUCCGCCAAGUUUAGACUCAAUCCGAAGUGACCUGAAGUAUUUUGAGCACAAGGUGGAUGCAUCAGAUGAUAUCUUGGCCAAAGUGAAGAGAGAAGAGGUGUGGUUUCACAGGGAUCAAGACAAUCCAUUGGACUUGGCUGUGCUAAGGCUUUUAGAUAUGGAACAGAAUGUGGAAAGGAGAUACCUGAAGGAACCACUGUGGAUACUGAGUGAGGUGCAGCAUGAGAAGAUCGUUACUACUGACCCGGAGACUAUGAUAACCACUGAGAAUCAGUACAGCUAUACAUCUCGCUUGCGUUUGUGGAGGCAGACAGUGGAGCGGUGCAGAAGUUCUGCUCAGCUAUAUCUGUGCCUACAGCAGCUGGAGAAGUCCCUGGCAUGGGAGCGGUCAGUUAGUAUAGUGACUUGCAUAUAUUGUCGGAAGGGAGACAACGACGAUUCUUUGUUGCUUUGUGACAGCUGUGAUCGUGGCUGUCACACUUACUGUCAUCGACCUCCAAUGGCAGAAAUUCCAGAAGGAGAUUGGUUUUGUCCCAACUGUGUGGCUCAGCAAAGUGAAAGUGAGUAUCUGAAACCCAGUGGUUCUUCACGCCGGAUCAAAAAGAGUGUGCAGCGUUAUCAAGACGAUAGUCCUGUAAAGCCGUCGCGUCGAAGAGAAACGCCUGCCACACCGCAGUCCCCAGCAGAGAGCUCAUUUGUGAAGAAACGGAAAAUUGGUACAAGAAGCCAGAGUCCUGAUUUAACCUUCUGCGAAAUCAUUUUAAUGGAGAUGGAGUCACAUGAUGAUGCAUGGCCUUUUCUGGAGCCUGUGAACCCACGGCUUGUGCCUGGCUACAGAAAAAUCAUAACAAACCCAAUGGACUUCUCUACCAUGCGGAACAAAUUGUUGAACGGAGGGUAUUCCAAUUGUGUGGAAUUUGCAGAAGAUGCGGAACUUGUCUUCAGAAACUGCCAACUGUUUAAUGAAGAUGAGUCUGAUGUAGGAAAAGCUGGUUUAGUCCUGAAGAAGUUCUAUGAAAACCGAUGGGAGGAGUUUAGUCAAGAACGUGAAAACAAUUUCCUUUGAGGCCACUCCCCCGCUUCCUAAAUUGACAUUAUUCCUGCAUCUCUGCAACAAUGAAAACGGGUUCAGUUCUCCUGUUGUCUGUUAUCUUUCAAGGUUCUGCACUCCACUUUGAAUGGAAAUAUUGGCAGCACAGGGUUUUUUUCUCAUUAUACGGCACCCCCUUCUGUCUAACCCAGUUUAUCCAGCGGGUCUGAAUCCCUUUUGUUCUUUAACAGCUAUGUCUUUUGACCUUUGCAAGGUCAGUCUAGCCUCCUCUGUGUCUUAGAAUGGCUGGCCAAUCAGAUUAUCAGCGUGUUCACCUCCGAUCCUUUGUACAGUACCUUCUCUGCAUCAGACCAACCAUUAUCAGAAAUGGGUUGUGUGCCUAGUGUGUCCCCAUUGGCAUGUAUACAGACAUGUUUCAUGCCUACUGAACUUGCAUAAUGCAAUUGAAAAGUGCAUGUUUUCCAUUCUUUAUAUGUUAUGAACAUAAUGUGCUUAAUGCAUAUAUUUAUACAUAAUUUAACAAUACAGAUGGGCACAUUUUCAGAUUUUAAAGAACUACAUUCUAGUCACUUGUACAUAAUUGUCACAUGAACAUUUCCCACUUAUACACCUAAGCUCACACUCUUCCUGCUAUGAUUGUUCAAAUUCAACGGGAUGUAUUUAAUAGCAAUAGUGAAUUUGUGCAUUAUUUGUAGGACCAUAGAUGAGAUAUCUCCUUUACAGAUGUGUAUUGUUAUAUGGCCAGUAAUCUGGGGACUAGCCCUGAGAAACGGCAUCCCUUUUAUGUCCUGGGCAGGACUUGUCAGCAGUCACCCCUUGUUCAGUGUGCUGCUUCCUCGGUAUCGCUGUUUGUUGUGCAAACCAUUAUUUUUGUCCUCAUUCUUUGGCACUACCUCCUCCAUGCAAUUGGCUUCCUUUUAUCCUUUGUUUCUUCUUUCCUUUUUUUUAGGCGAAGAGGUACCAUGUAGCCUGCGUUGUACCUCUUGACUUUUUUAUAGGCCUUAAGCACUACAUGGUUCCCAGAGGCUACCAUUUUAACUUGAUUGAUGAAGUAGUGGAGAAUUGAUGCAGCAUCCUUUGUUUUUAUGUAUAUUGUAAAUGUAUUUAUCACAGCCCUUGAUGUACAGGCCAUUUGCUUCUGGUAUGUAAUAUCCUGCCCUCAAUGUUUGUUCUAAGAAGUAUAUGUUUAGAAUGUGAUCAUGACCAAGUCGAAUGCUACUUAUUCUCCAGUUUGGCUGGCAGCUUCCCUCAUUCAAAGGUUUCCAUCAUGCCAGAGUAUCCAUUUCUUGUGACUGUUUUUCAUAACCUCCCCCUAUGUCUGCUGCUCAGUUCUUGUGUACACUGGAGAGAUGUGUCCUCCCUUUACUUCCAGUAUGUUCCUUUUAAUGGAAUUGUCUGUAAUUUUCAUGCACUGUGUACACCUACUUGUAUGCUCUACUGCUGUAGGGAUCAGUUUGUCUUUGCAUUAGUUUGGUUCCCUGCACUAUACAUAAUAUAAAAUGAUUUAUAUAUAUAAAUCUCAGCAAAACAUAUACAAGGAGUACAUGGCCGUGGCAGAUGCGAAAGUAAAGACAAACCUGAAAGAAGCACAGUGUGCUUUGAGUCAGUAGUCCCUAAAUUUGUUUUAUUUUGAAAGCCUGUCAUUUCUCCAUUGUCAUCUACUAUGAAGUGCAUUCUAGAUUACUAUUUAUCUUAUCGUGGAACCACUGGUGCCAGCACAUUCCAUUACUCUGCUUUGGUCCUAGUUCUGCCUAAAGCAAACUUCUUUCUAUAUGUUCUUUCACAAGAUGCUACUGUAGUUUCAUUUUACUGCCCACACUAGUCUGGUGUACCUGUUCUUGCACUUUAGAGGUCAGCCUGUCUUUGCAGACAGAACUGUACCCAAAAUCAAUGUAUUAAGCCUUGUGACAGAACAUCCCUUGCUGAUAAAGUUGAGAUGUCAGUUUUCCCCUGUACUGUGCAAAUUUGCUGUGUAGAAUAGAGCUACAGCAUGCCUUCCUAAGCUCAGUCCUUGUUCCACUGGGGCAGAGCAGUUACUUAAAGCAAUAUUAGAUGUAAAGCAAUAAGCACUGUGUUCUAGCACACAGCACAGUGACCUGAUGCCCCCGGUUUUGUAAAUACAUAGCAAAGUAAUAAGAUCUUACACUGGAUUUUUAUCAUAUUAAGAGAAAUAAUGGACUCAAAAGAUCAAUUUCAGGAAUUUCAGAACAUGCGAAUAUCCGUUUUCAGUCCAAGGCAGAACUAGGUAAGCACUAUAGUAACCUGGCACCACAGCAAGUAAAAACAAAAAAAAUAAUAUUUUUAUAUUUGGGAAGCUGAUUGUUCUUUUUUUAUUUUACUAUUGAACAGUAGAUUCUUUAAUUGACUUUAUAAAAUGCAGAAAUAUUUAUUUUAUCUAAGUGACUGUGCUGUAUCAUUUUAGAACCUUUUGUUACACAAUAUUGUUUAUUUUUGUUGCAAUAUUUGAGGUCACCAUCUGUCUGGUUUCUCUGGGUAUUUUUUUAAUGUUUGGCAUAUGGAAAUUGCCCACUGUUUUAAAGCAGAUAAGCUUCUUACAACCCAAGUUGUAAGAAGUACUGUGUUUUUUAUUCAUAAAUCCCAGUUAUCUGAAGGUUACACGCAUUUCUCUCUACAGAAAGUUUUAGCCUCCUGUUAACUUCUAUUGUAAACCAGAUUUGGGAUUUUGAUGUUGUAGAUCAAGUAUCCUCUUUGGUAUAUGUCUGUAAGAUCCCUGUAUUUUGUGAGAUGCAAUAAAUUUGGCUUAACCUACCUCCUGCUAUACCUUAAAGUAGAACUAGAGGCAAAACCCAGUUUUCUUUUAUUUUUUACGUAAGGGAAGGUUACCACCCCCGUGAGGUUUAUUUUGCCAUCUGUUUUCCAUUGGGAAAAUGUUUCUUCACUUCCUGCCCCAUAGUCAAAACAGGAAGUAAGAGAAAAUCUCUCCAAAGUGAGGGAAUUUCUGGUUGUCACCAGAACUAGCAUCCCCAUUGGAAAAUAUCCCCACUAUUCUGGGGAAAUCCCAAUUUUUUUUUUCUUCCUAACAGGACAGCAAUAAAAAUCUGCCAGGUGUUCGAAUCCUUCUCUAGGCUAUCCAAACUAAAAAAAUAAAUAAAAAUAAGUUAACCUUUUUAUUUAUAGUUUAAAGGCCAGCAUCAAACUUUGGAAUAGAAGCUGGUUCAGGUGCAAGGGGUAUGAUCAAGCUAAGGAAUAUAUAAAACUUUGAGGACUACUGGUAUUUGUAACUUGGCAAUUGGGUCUUGGUGCAUAAGAUACAUUUACUGAGCAGCCCCUUUUGAAACUAGCCUUAUGCUUUUUAUCUCUGUA